AUGGAUAAGCUAGGUGUACCAAAGCUUCGCGGGAGCGACAUUCUUACACCACCAGCCACCAAGGGUCAAAUGUAUGGCUCCAGUAAUCGUCAGCAGCAGUAUCCACCCGAAGAAGAGGAAGAAGAGAGCAGGAUGAGCCGGAAUUCAGAACGGCGAAGGCGUCGCUUUCGCAAGCAGAAGUCGCAUUCAGACAAGCAACUAUCAGAAGAUGGGAGCAGCGCUGCGGCAUCUUCCACCAAGAAAAAGAACAAACGGAAAGAGAAGAAACUGGGAUCUCUCCCGGAUGACGAAUACGACCCUUAUGAUUCUGAUCCAGGCGAGAGUUAUCGUCAACACUGUCUCAGAGUAAACGGCAUGAGCACGAAAUCAUGUCUCAAGUUUCCCAGCUUUUUGAAACAAACGGCUACUAUUGGGAAUGCUGCAGAAUCAGAAACAGAGAUGACAUCGCCUCCUUCACCCAUGGCCUCGGAGAUUGGUGAUGUGCUCGGACAAACACCCGCAUCACUCCCCUCCGACAUGACCAGGGUUAGAUACUCGCUGCGGUCGUCCAUUACGGAUGGGUCCGAGAAACAACCCUCUGGGCCAUCUGUCAUGGAACGGAGAGAACUCAGACCCAACAAUGUGCACAUCAAUGUUAGCCACUGGAGUGACUCGGGGGCUAGGCAUUACAUGGAAGACAGAUAUGUGGUGGAAGAUCUGGACGCUGUACAAGUCGAGGUCAGCCCUGUUGCAGUGGGCUCACACGCUGAAGGUUCGGUGGAAGUGACAUUUGGCCCCCGAAGAAGCCGGCGGUUGACCAUGCCUCUGACGUUCUUUGGCGUCUUUGACGGACACGGAGGGGACAAGGCAGCACAAUACUGUGCCGACUGGCUGACGGCGUACAUUCGAAAUGAGGACUCCUAUCCCUAUGAUCUUGGCUACGCCAUGAAGAAUGCAAUCACCAGCAUUGACGAAGACUUUGUAGGGACUGGGUACCCUGAUGGGACCACCGCCUGUACAGUGUCGUUGGUGGGGGGCCGACGAAUCAUUUGCGCGAAUGCAGGCGAUUCCAGAGCCAUUGUGGUCCGCAAGGACGGCUCCGUGGUUCGGCUGAGUCGAGACCAUAAACCAGGAAUGCCUGACGAGACACGGAGGAUCUCAGAACUUGGAGGAAGAGUAAUAUACUGGGGUAGAUGGCGUGUGGAGGGACUCUUGGCAGUCUCAAGGAGCAUAGGUGACGCAUCCCUCAAGCCAUACAUUACCGCCGAACCAGAAGUAUGCGAAUACGACGUUGGAAAGGAUGACUGGUUCCUGAUACUGUCCAGCGACGGAGUGUGGGAUGUCAUGGAUAACGAGGAGGCUGCACAUGUUGUUAUCGCUUCGUCGUGUGCAAUGGAGAAUGGGAAGCUCAAGAUCGACCCCAACCGAUUCAAAUGGGCAGCCAGAAAUUUAUGCGAACACGCAAGGUCAUGUGGUUCAUCGGAUAACUUUUCGGUUGUCGUGGUGGAUCUCAAGAGCUGCGGGAACCCAAAGGCUCAAAGCCGAUAUGAGCCGUGA